CCCAAUUCUCCAUCUCACUUCCCAUUCAAAAUCUCGUCUCUCUGUAGCACAAAUCCAAUUAAUUCUUGCGUUUUACAGUAACAACAAUCAAAUGGCAGGUAGAGGAAAAACCCUAGGUUCUGGAGCAGCAAAGAAGGCUACAUCCCGUAGUAGCAAAGCCGGUCUUCAAUUUCCCGUUGGUCGUAUCGCCCGUUUUCUCAAAGCUGGCAAGUAUGCUGAGCGUGUUGGUGCUGGUGCCCCUGUUUACCUUGCUGCCGUCCUUGAAUACCUUGCUGCUGAGGUGCUUGAAUUGGCUGGGAAUGCUGCGAGGGACAACAAGAAAACUAGGAUAGUACCAAGGCAUAUACAGUUGGCAGUGAGAAAUGAUGAGGAAUUGAGCAAGUUGCUUGGUGAUGUUACUAUUGCCAAUGGUGGUGUUAUGCCCAAUAUUCACAACCUUUUGCUGCCUAAGAAAGCUGGUGGCUCCUCAAAGCCCUCAGCUGAUGAGGAUUAGAUUGGAAGGACAAUAGGGAAUUUCAAGUAUUAAGCCUUUAAUUUGGUUUUUGAAUAGCUGGUCCACAGAAAUUAUUUGGUUUCUCCAGUGUGAAAUCAAUUGUGUUUUGUUAGUUCUUUUAGUUUCUUUUAUAGUGUUAGGGUUUAUGUUAGUCUGUGUAUACAAAUGAAAUGAUGAAUGAAAGGCCCAUCUUAUAUUUUUGAAUUGCA